GGCGGCGUCGGGAUAAAGCCGGCGGGGGAUGCCGGUGGCGCGCGUUGUUCGCUGGGUCCCACCGGGGUCACUCUGAAGUGUGGGGGGGACCGCAGCCGCGCUGAGGUAGGCGGCGGCGCCCGGGGCUGCGGCAGCUUCCACCGGCGGGAGAGAGUUUUGUAUUUCAUUUGUCUGUACUGUGUUUGGAGAUCUUUCUCCAGUUUUUGGCUACACACCAGCCGACUCAAAGCUGUUUACAUCUUUGUCUACUCCUACAUCUCGAAGCACAACGUUGGACUCGUGGGGAAAAUGUCUUGAUGGAUCCAACCUAAGUGUGGUAGCUCUCGUCAGUGGUUAACAAUGGCUUCUAAGUGCCUCCGCACCACCCAGCAGAGUAAAUAAACGUAGAGUUUCUCCAAGUGUUGUUUCCACCUGGGAAAAGAGAGGCAUCAUCAUGUCUAACAUUACUAUUGACCCAGAUGUGAAACCGGGCGAGUAUGUCAUCAAAAGCCUCUUUGCUGAAUUUGCUGUUCAAGCUGAAAAGAAAAUUGAACUUGUAAUGGCUGAACCUUUGGAAAAGCUCUUGUCCAGAUCUCUUCAAAGAGGUGAAGAUCUUCAGUUUGAUCAGUUGAUAAGCUCUAUGAGCUCAGUAGCAGAGCACUGUCUCCCCUCCUUACUACGCACCUUGUUUGACUGGUACAGGCGCCAAAAUGGAACAGAGGAUGAAUCUUAUGAGUAUAGACCUCGGUCAAGCACAAAAUCAAAGGGGGAUGACCAACAACGUGAAAGAGAUUAUCUACUUGAAAGGAGGGACUUAGCUGUAGAUUUCAUUUUUUGCUUAGUUUUAAUAGAGGUUCUAAAACAGAUACCUGUUCAUCCAGUGCCAGAUCCUUUAGUACAUGAAGUUCUAAACUUGGCUUUUAAGCACUUUAAACAUAAGGAAGGGUAUUCAGGAACCAACACUGGGAAUGUUCAUAUUAUUGCAGACUUAUAUGCAGAAGUGACAGGGGUUCUUGCUCAAUCAAAGUUUCAAGCUGUUAGGAAGAAGUUUGUCACUGAAUUAAAGGAACUGCGGCAAAAAGAACAGAGUCCUCACGUAGUACAGAGUAUCAUCAGUUUGAUCAUGGGAAUGAAGUUUUUUCGAGUAAAGAUGUAUCCUGUGGAGGAUUUUGAAGCAUCAUUUCAGUUCAUGCAGGAGUGUGCUCAAUACUUCCUGGAAGUAAAAGAUAAGGAUAUAAAACAUGCACUUGCUGGUUUGUUUGUGGAAAUUCUCAUACCUGUGGCUGCUGCUGUUAAAAAUGAAGUGAAUGUGCCAUGUUUGAAAAAUUUUGUGGAGAUGCUUUAUCAGACUACCUUUGAAUUGAGUUCAAGGAAGAAGCACUCGCUGGCUUUGUACCCAUUGAUCACCUGCCUGUUGUGUGUCAGUCAGAAACAGUUUUUUUUAAAUAAUUGGCACGUUUUCCUGCAGAACUGUUUGUCACAUCUGAAGAAUAAAGAUCCCAAAAUGUCCCGAGUUGCACUGGAAUCUUUGUAUAGGUUAUUGUGGGUUUAUGUUAUUAGAAUUAAAUGUGAAAGCAACACUGUAACUCAAAGCCGUCUCAUGAGCAUUGUAUCAGCACUUUUCCCAAAAGGGUCGCGCAGCGUGGUCCCACGAGACACACCUCUGAAUAUAUUUGUGAAGAUUAUUCAGUUCAUUGCUCAGGAACGUUUGGAUUUUGCAAUGAAAGAAAUAAUAUUUGAUCUUCUUAGUGUUGGAAAAUCACCUAAAACCUUCACUAUUAAUCCAGAGAGGAUGAAUAUUGGCCUCAGAGUCUUCCUUGUCAUAGCAGAUAGUUUGCAGCAAAAAGAUGGUGAACCACCAAUGCCAACAACAGGAGUUGUUCUUCCAUCAGGAAAUACUCUACGUGUGAAGAAAAUUUUUCUUAAUAAAACACUGACAGAUGAGGAAGCAAAAGUUAUAGGAAUGUCCAUAUACUAUCCUCAAGUCAGAAAAGCACUGGAUAGCAUUCUUAGGCAUUUGGACAAAGAAGUUGGAAGGCCCAUGUGCAUGACUAGUGUGCAGAUGUCCAAUAAAGAACCAGAAGACAUGAUUACGGGUGAGAGAAAACCUAAGAUAGAUUUGUUCAGAACUUGCAUUGCUGCUAUCCCAAGACUGAUUCCAGAUGGCAUGAGUAGGACUGACCUCAUUGAAUUGCUUGCAAGGCUGACAAUUCAUAUGGAUGAAGAACUUCGUGCCUUGGCUUUCAAUACACUCCAAGCAUUAAUGCUUGAUUUUCCAGAUUGGCGGGAAGAUGUUCUUUCAGGAUUUGUUUAUUUUAUUGUGCGUGAAGUGACUGACAUCCACCCAACGCUUCUUGACAAUGCAGUAAAAAUGUUAGUGCAGCUCAUAAAUCAGUGGAAACAAGCAGCCCAAAUGCACAAUAAAACCCAAGAUGCUCAGCGUGGUGUAUCCAAUGGGGCUGCCCAUACCCUUCCCCUGGAGAGGACCCUUUACUCCAGUGUAUUCCAUGUGGUGGAAGGCUUUGCUUUGGUCAUCCUUUGCAGCACAAGGCCUGCCACCAGGAGAUUAGCUGUCAGUGUUCUCAGAGAAAUAAGGGCCUUGUUCACACUUCUAGAAAUUUCAAAGAGUGAUGAUGAGUUGGCUAUAGAUGUAAUGGACAGACUAAGUGCUACUAUCCUGGAGAGUUUCAUACAUCUCACAGGGGCUGACCAGACUACUUUACUGUACUGUCCCAGUUCAAUAGAUUUACAAACUCUGGCUGACUGGAAUUCCUCCCCAAUCAGCCACCACCUUGAUGUGGUCAGUCCCUCACAUAUUUGGAUAUUUGCACAUGUGACUCAAGGCCAAGAUCCAUGGAUUAUAAGCCUCUCAAGUUUCAUGAAGCAGGAAAAUCUUCCAAAACACUGCCCAACAGCUGUAAGCUAUGCUUGGACAUUUGCUUAUACAAGACUUCAGCUGCUGUCUCCACAAGUGGAUAUCAACAGCCCUAUCAACGCAAAGAAAGUAAAUACUACUACAAGCAGCGACUCCUAUAUUGGGCUCUGGAGAAACUACCUGAUUCUUUGCUGCAGUGCAGCAUCUUCUUCAAACUCCUCCACUUCCACAGGCUCUGUGAGAUGUUCCCCUCCUGAGACGCUGGCGUCUACCCCAGACAGUGGUUAUAGCAUUGAUUCAAGAAUUAUUGGCAUUCCAUCCCCUUCCUCCCUGUUUAAGCACACAGUUCCAAUGAUGCGCUCUGAGAGCAUGGAAAUUACAGAAUCUCUUGUCCUGGGACUUGGCAGGACCAACCCAGGAGCUUUUAGGGAACUAAUAGAAGAAUUACAUCCUAUAAUUAAGGAAGCACUUGAAAGAAGGCCAGAGAACAUGAAACGGCGCAGGCGUCGAGAUAUUUUACGAGUACAACUGGUGCGAAUAUUUGAACUGUUGGCAGAUGCUGGUGUCAUUAGUCACAGUGCAAGUGGUGGCCUUGAUAAUGAAACACAUUCCCUCAACAACACUUUACUUGAGUAUGUUGAUCUAACAAGACAACUCCUAGAAGCAGAAAAUGAAAAGGAUUCUGAUACAUUGAAAGAUAUCCGAUGCCAUUUUAGUGCCUUAGUGGCAAAUAUCAUCCAAAAUGUUCCAGUUCACCAGAGAAGAAGUGUCUUUCCACAGCAGAGUCUACGCCACAGUCUAUUUAUGCUGUUCAGUCACUGGGCAGGCCCUUUUAGUAUCAUGUUUACUCCCCUGGACAGAUACAGUGAUAGAAACAUGAGAAUAAACAGACACCAAUACUGUGCAUUAAAGGCUAUGUCUGCUGUACUGUGUUGUGGCCCUGUUGCAGACAACGUUGGGCUUUCAUCUGAUGGCUAUUUAUACAAAUGGCUGGAUAAUAUUUUGGAUUCACAAGAUAAAAAGGUUCACCAGCUGGGCUGUGAGGCAGUCAUGCUGCUCUUGGAACUCAAUCCUGACCAGAGUAACCUCAUGUACUGGGCCGUUGACCGGUGUUACACAGGUUCCAAGCGGGUGGCAGCUGGCUGCUUUAAAGCCAUAGCCAAUGUGUUCCAAAACAGGGAUUACCAGUGUGAUACAGUGACCCUCCUGAAUCUGAUACUAUUUAAAGCAGCUGAUUCUACUAGGGCUAUCUAUGAAGUUGCUAUGCAACUAUUGCAGAUUUUGGAACCAAAGAUGUUCCGUUAUGCUCACAAACUGGAAGUUCAGCGGAUGGAUGGGGUUUUGGGACAGCCUUCUCCUUUACCACAUUUGUAUUCUAUGUCCUAUUAUCAACUGUCAGAAGAAUUAGCAAGGACUUACCCUGAGCUGACACUUGCUAUCUUCUCAGAAGUGAGUCAGAGAAUCCAAACAGCUCACCCAGCUGGGAGGCAGGUGAUGCUGCAUUAUCUGCUGCCAUGGAUGAACAAUAUUGAGUUGGUGGACUUGAAACCUUUGCCAACCAUUCGUCGGCAAGAUGAAGAUGAGGAAGAUUCUCUGAAGGACAGGGAAAUGAUGGUGAACAGCAGACGGUGGCUACGAGGAGAAGGCUGGGGGUCACCACAGGCUACAGCUAUGGUUCUGAACAACCUGAUGUACAUGACUGCAAAGUAUGGUGAUGAAGUGGCUUGGUCAGAGAUAGAAAAUGUCUGGACUACUUUGGCAGACAGCUGGCCAAAGAAUCUGAAAAUAAUUUUGCACUUCUUGAUCAGUAUUUGUGGAGUGAACAGUGAACCCAGCCUUUUGCCUUAUGUAAAGAAAGUCAUUGUUUAUUUGGGUAGAGACAAAACAAUGCAACUACUAGAAGAGCUGGUGAGUGAACUGCAGCUUACGGAUCCUGUCAGUUCAGGAGUCACCCAUAUGGAUAAUCCACCAUAUUACCGCAUUACAUCCAGUUACAAAAUCCCCUCUGUCACUUCAGGUACCACUUCUAGUAGCAAUACAAUGGUGGCUCCCACAGAUGGCAAUCCUGACAGUAAACACAUGAAAGACAGUAUUGAAGAGAACUACGCACACCUAGACAUCUACAGCGGGUUGAACAGCAACCUGAACCGCCAGCACCACAGACUGGAGUCUCGCUACAGCAGCAGCUCUGGAGGAUCAUAUGAAGAGGAAAAAAGUGAUUCAAUGCCUCUCUAUUCCAACUGGCGGUUGAAGGUGAUGGAGCACAAUCAAGGAGAGCCUCUCCCUUUCCCACCUUCUGGAGGUUGCUGGUCACCACUGGUGGAUUACUUGCCUGAAACUUCUCCUCCGGGCAUGUCACUUCACAGAUGCAAUAUAGCAGUGAUUCUUUUGACUGAUUUGAUAGUUGACCACAGUGUAAAGGUGGAAUGGGGAGGAUACUUGCAUCUUUUGCUUCACGCAAUUUUUAUAGGUUUUGACCACGGUCACUCUGAAGUCUAUGAGCAUUGUAAACGACUACUUUUGCAUCUACUGAUAGUGAUGGGCUCUGGCAGUAAUGUCCAGUCUGUUGCUUCUGUCCUACUCAGAAACAGAGAGUUCAACGAGUCCAGGGUGCUUACUGUCAAACAGACUACCCAUUUAGAUUACACUUUCACAGCAGGUGUUCAUGAUUUUAUACCUGAUUACCAGCCCUCCCCAAUGACAGACUCAGGGCUUAGUUCAAGUUCUACCUCUUCUAGCAUCAGUUUAGGAAAUACAAGUGCUGCCAUUUCUCAACUGCACACCACAAUCCUCAAUGAGGUUGACAUUUCAGUAGAGCAGGAUGAAAAAGUGAAAACUCUUAUAGAAUUUAUUACCUCAAGAAAACGAGGCCCACUUUGGAAUCAUGAAGAUGUUUCAGCCAAGAACCCUAAUAUAAAGAGUGCUGAACAGUUAACUGUGUUUUUAAAGCAUGUGGUAUCUAUAUUUAAACAGUCUAGCUCAGGAGGAUAUCAAUUGGAACAUCGUCUCAGUGAAGUUGCUCUGCAAACUGCCCUGUCGUGCUCCUCUCGCCAUUAUGCUGGGAGGUCCUUUCAGAUUUUCAGGGCUCUGAAGCAGCCUCUCACUCCAUCUACACUUUCUGAUGUUCUCUCCAGACUAGUGGAAACUGUUGGAGAUGCAGGAGAAGAAGCUCAGGGUUUCGUCAUAGAGCUGCUUUUGACUUUAGAAUCUGCUAUUGAUACAUUGGCUGAAACCAUGAAGCAUUAUGAUCUGCUUUCUGCCCUUUCUCAAACCUCAUACCAUGAUUCUGUAAUGGGAAACAAGUAUGCAGCUAAUAGGAAAAGCACUGGACAGAUAAAUCUAAGCACAAGUCCCAUGAAUAGUGGCAGUUGUUUGGGAUACUACAGCAAUACAAGGAGUAAUUCCUUGAGACUGAAUUUAAUCAGCGAGCGGAGAGGCGACCGGCGACGGAGCAACACACUGGAUAUAAUGGAUGGAAGGAUAAAUCAUGGUGGAAGUUUGGCAAGGACUAGAAGCCUUUCCUCCCUGAGAGAGGGAGGCAUGUAUGAUGUGCAGCCCACUACUGACCCUGUCAACUUGAUGGCCACCAUAUUUUGGAUUGCAGCUUCGUUGCUGGAGUCAGAUUAUGAGUAUGAAUACCUGCUGGCUCUCAAGCUACUCAACAAGCUUCUUAUUCACAUGCCUCUGGAUAAAUCAGAGAGUCGGGAAAAGAUAGAAGAGGUGCAGAAUAAACUGAAAUGGAAUAACUUUCCAGGCCUUCAGCAGCUUUUCCUGAAAGGCUUUACUUCAGCCUCUACACAAGAAAUGACAGUUCAUCUCCUCAGUAAACUCAUCACAAUUUCCCGGCAUGCUUUGGUGGAUCCUUCUCAGUUAGCAGGAUUUCCCCUAAACAUCUUGUGCCUACUUCCUCAUCUGAUACAACAUUUUGAUAACCCAACUCAGUUUUGUAAAGAAACAGCUGACAGGAUAGCAAAGGUUUGUGCAGAAGAGAAGUCACCAACUCUUGCCAAUCUGGCUCAUAUGAUGAGUUUAUACAGUACACACAGUUAUUCCAGAGACUGUUCUAACUGGAUUAAUGUAGUGUGUAGAUACUUGCAUGACUCUUUCUCAGAUGCCACAUUUAACCUCAUAACUUAUCUUGCAGAGCUGUUAGAGAAAGGCUUAUCCAGUAUGCAACAGUCCUUGCUGCAGAUCAUUUACAGUCUUCUGAGUCAUAUUGACCUAUCCACAGCUCCAGUGAAGCAGUUUAAUUUGGAAAUCAUAAAAGUUAUUGGUAAAUAUGUUCAGAGUCCAUAUUGGAAGGAAGCCCUUAAUAUUUUGAAACUGGUGGUGUCUCGAUCAGCAAGCCUUGUUGUGCCUAAUGAUAUUCCAAAGUCUUAUGGAGGUGACAUAGGCUCUCCAGAAAUCUCUUUCACGAAAAUUUUUAAUAAUGUCUCCAAGGAGCUACCUGGGAAGACCUUAGAUUUUCAUUUUGAUAUAUCAGAGACUCCAAUUAUUGGGAAUAAAUAUGGUGAUCAACACAGUGCAGCUGGUAGAAAUGGGAAGCCAAAAGUCAUUGCUGUGACCCGGAGCACUUCUUCAACUUCAUCAGGCUCCAAUUCAAAUGCACUGGUUCCUGUCAGCUGGAAGAGACCACAGCCAUCUCAGAGAAGGACUAGGGAGAAGUUAAUGAAUGUGCUUUCUCUGUGUGGUCCAGAUUCUGGUCUUCCCAAGAAUCCUUCGGUUGUGUUUUCUUCUAAUGAAGACUUGGAAGUUGGAGAUCAACAAACUAGUCUAAUUUCAGCAACAGAAGAAGUGAUUCAAGAGGAGGAAGUGGCUGUAGAAGACAAUACCAGUGAACAGCAAUUUGGAGUUUUUAAAGACUUUGACUUUUUAGAUGUUGAAUUGGAAGAUGCGGAGGGUGAAAGCAUGGACAACUUCAACUGGGGCGUUCGCAGGCGCUCUCUUGACAGCAUUGACAAAGGAGACACACCGUCCCUUCAGGAGUGCCAGUACUCCGGCAGCACACCCAGCUUGAACUUGACCAACCAGGAGGAUACUGAUGAGUCUUCAGAAGAAGAAGCAGCACUGACUGCAAGUCAGAUACUGUCUCGUUCACAGAUGUUAAUCAGUGAUUCUGCCAUGGAUGAAACAGUGUCAGAUCAUGCUGGUUUAUCACUUCAGUCUCAAGAUUCCACUAGCAGUGUGGGAACAGAAGAGGUGCUUCAAAUCAGAACUGAGACCCCAAGUUUGGAGGCUUCUUCUCUAGAUAACUCUAGCAACCAGCUGCCUGAGGAAGGCAGUUCAGCAGUGAGGGAUGAACAGAUUAGCACUGCUAGUGAAGACACUGGCUCGUACCUACUACAUGAGCAGCAAGAAUGUCUGGUCUGUCACGAGUCUCUGGAGCUGGAAGAGACCCCAGAACUGGUAGAGGCAGCAGCUCCUGAAAGCUAUUCUGAAUCUGUCUGUGAAGAGGAUGUCACUCUUGCUUUGAAAGAGCUAGAUGAGAGAUGUGAAGAAGAAGAAGCUGACUUCUCUGGUUUGUCUAGCCAAGAUGAAGAAGAACAGGAUGGUUUCCCAGAAGUGCAGGCCUCCCCUCCUCCUUCCCCCUUUCUUUCUGCCAUAUUGGCAGCUUUCCAGCCCGUGGCCUACGAUGACGAAGAGCAGGCCUGGCGCUGCCACGUCAAUCAGAUGCUGUCAGACACAGAUGGAUCCUGUGCUGUCUAUACAUUUCAUGUCUUCUCAAGAUUGUUUCAGACCAUUCAAAGAAAGUUUGUAUCUAUUACAAAUGAUUCAGUCAGCUUUCUUGGUGAAAGUCUACAGCGCAUUGGAACAAAGUUUAAAAGUUCUCUGGAAGUGAUGAUGUUAUGUUCAGAAUGUCCAACAGUCUUUGUGGAUGCAGAAACGCUGUUGUCUUGUGGCCUGCUAGAAACAUUGAAAUUCAGUGUUCUAGAGCUCCAAGAACACUUGGAUACCUAUAAUGUCAAAAGAGAGGCAGCAGAACAGUGGCUAGAAGACUGCAAAAGGACAUUUGGUACUGAUGAUGGUAUUCAUGGCACUAACACAGAUGCCCAGCAAAUGGAAAUUCUAGCAGAGCUGGAGUUGUGUCGGAGGCUAUACAAGUUGCAUUUCCAGUUGCUGCUUCUGUUCCAAGCCUAUUGCAAACUCAUCAGUCAAGUAAAAACAAUCAAAAAAGAAGCAGAGGUAAUAAACAUGUCUGAAGAACUUGCUCAUUUGGAGAGCUGCCUGAAAGAGGCCGAGGCAGUGUCUGACAGUGGUAUUGAAGAAAUUGAAAUUGCAGAGGCUGCCCAAGCUAGCACAGAAACAGCUAUUCACUCCCUCAUUGAAACCCUGAGAAACAAGGAGUUUGUGUCAGCUGUGGCACAGGUCAAGGCUUUCAGAUCUAUUUGGCCCCAUGACAUCUUUGGCAGUUCUGAAGAUGACCCAGUUCAAACGUUGCUGCACAUCUAUUUCCGUCACCAGACACUUGGCCAGACUGGCAGCUUUGCAGUAGUGGGCUCCAACCAGGACAUGUCUGAGGCCAGCUCAAAGCUGAUGGAACUUAAUCUAGAAAUCCGAGAGUCUCUCCGCAUGGUGCAAUCCUGUCAGCUUCUAGGGAAGAUCAAAACAGGAAUAAAUCUUGUGACCACUGGAUUCUGAACAGCUGUCAUUUAGAAAAGAACUGAUCAUGAAGAUACUUCAGACUAUCAUUGAGCACCUUUCACAAAAAAACAAAAACAAACCUCCAGCAAUCCUGACAAGCAACACACUUUUAUCACAGCAAGAAACUGUUUCAUCACAAGUAAAACCCUGAAAAUUGAAGUGAACAUCCUUCUUGUCUGCUCUUUCUACACAGCAGCCUGUGUGGCAGUAGUAUUUUUUUAUUAAAUUUAUGUAUAAAAACUACAUGAAAGGAAAAGGGCUUAAACACAAUGCAUAGAUACGCAUUAUUUUCUGUUGCAACAGAACCAUAAAGGAUGUUUGCAAAAACAGCCUCUAGAGGUUGGAUCAGUAUCGCAGGUGGGAUGAGGCUAAAAUCAAGGCUGGUUUAUUUUGGCUGAAGACCUGCAAGGCUUCCUGGCUUUCCAGCAGUAAAAGCAUCAGCUUAACACCUAAUGAGACACUUUGCAAUGUCAUGAAGAAUGUGCAGUCAAACAUGAGUAGAACGAUAUAGACUGCAAAAACCAUUGACUUCUCAGUGUUUUAUUUGCUUUUGUUGUCUGUUAUAAGGAAAUAACGUGUGCGAGUUAGAAUGUAUGGCUAUGUGACAGUUGUUUUUUUGAAGGUAUGGAUGAUUGUUAAAUAAGGUCUCAGAGCAUGCUUAAAAGAGCUGCAAGAUUAUUUUUGAAGAAAUUUUAUUUUAUUAGAUCUAAUCCUCAUAGUGUGUAAAUGUUAGGACAUUUAAUAAUAUUUUAAACUGGGAUUUCCCAGUGUUUCUAAAAGAAAUAAUAUAUCUGUUAACUUUAUUGGAA